CGGAGUUUGAUUGUCACCCUGGUCCACUACUAGAUCUGACCAGAUUUAGAUCUGGACGAAGGUGACAAAAAAUUUAAUUUUAUAUAGAUUUGUGGUGGGGUGCAGGUAGGUUCUCUUCAACGAGAAGUCCGAAAACAGAUAUCUGCGAUGAAGGGGGUUGCGAUGGCAGGGGAUUACAGGUCUGCGACGACGGGGGGAUGCAGGUCUGCGACGAUGGGUGGUUGCAACAACAAGAUGUUGUGGAGGGUGGUCGGUGAUAAGAACCAUAUAGGUCGUCGGUGGUUGUGUCGAAGAGUCGUCGUUGGUGAAGCCAAAGAGUCACCGUCGGUGGGGGUAGCAACGGUAGAUGGCAGUGGAGUGGAAAGGGCGGAUAGGCUGAGGGGUAUAAUAGGAAGCCGCCCCCUCAUCUUUCGACUUCUCAACCGCACCGUCUCUCUCUCUCUCACUCCACAUUCAAUCGUUUUCCGAUUGGUUUCUCAUUGUCUUUCAUCGAUUCGAAGAAUUUCAACAUUGGAAGACGAUGGAAAGCUUCGGUCAGGCAGGCGGGAGGAACAGAGACAGAGACACUGAUUAUAAAUCUUGAGUCCCAGGUAAUAUUACAGACAUAACAAAAUACAUAGUAUCAAAUCAAUUUAAGUCAAAAUUUAUAUCUUAAAAUUGAUAAUAAUGUUUGUAAUGACUGUAUGCAGGUCGAGUGGGUCGAUGGAGAAUAAUGUGUAUUGAAAGGUAAUGUUUCUUUAAUUAGAUCUCUUUAGGUGAUUUAUAUGCAAGACCUAAGCAAUCCUAAUAUACAUGCUAAUUUUUUUCCCCAAAUUAUGAGGUCAAUUGAUGCUCUUUGGAGAGGAGACAAAGUAUUUGGGCUACCACCACAAUACAACGAAUUUAUGCUCUGAAUUUCCCAUUUUAAUUCAUAUUUUUAUUGUAACAUGUUAACAUGAUUAAGAGUUUAGAUAAUUACUAUUCAAAGAUUAAAAUAAAUAAAAUAAAAUAUUUUCCAAAAUAAUCUCUAUAACUUAAAAUCUUUCAAGUCUUCUUUAAUUUGGCGGUAGUCUGUUAUGAAGGUAAAAGAGGUUGGGACGGGUAGGGGAUAGGAGAGACAAAAGAAGGUAGUUGUGUGAGACUUAUUAAGGAAGGCUUAAAUACAAUUUAAUGGAUACUUAAAAAAAAUUUAAGGAAGGCUUAAAUACAAUUUAAUUGAUACUUAAAAAAAAUUUAAAUUAAAUGAUUCACUCCUUUAAUGUAGAGACACUAACCUCUCCAUAUUCUCGAGUUAUUCUACAAUUAAUGGGUGUCUCCAUAAUGUGAAAAACGAAGCACUAAUGGUCUCCAUAAAUUUUCGCAUUAAAUAUUAUUUUCCAUACCAUACUAUUUUAAUUUAUUUCUUAGAAUAAAAUAUAUAUUCAAUCAUUUU